UACAUUUACCUCAAAGCAUUUCCUUGUUCAAGCCUGCACAUAUCCUCCUGCAAGCUACCUGUAUUUCAUUCUCAGAAUUGAAGGCUUUGUACCAUCACAACACAUCUCCAACACAUGUUAUCCUUAUUGUGUACAUAGGCCUGCGUUUUCAGGGACGUGCAGAACAUUUCUCGAGGACAAUGGACCUGUACUGUGUUUGGUUGAUCAUCUUUGGACUGACUCUGACGUCAACUCUCAGGAUUCUGGAAUGGCCACCCCUGAACUGCACACAACAGGAUCUUCAAUGCAGCGUUCAAAUUAAUAACUGUUCAGACGACGGCUGGAUUAAACCCAGACACCAGGCGCCUAACGGUCCUCUGUGGCACUCAGGUUCACAGCAGCAUGUGUUUGUGAGGAGAGGGGAGAGUGGUGAUCUGCUACCCGUGAUGUCUCUGAGCUGGAGCCUUCAGAUCAAUGGAGGCGUAAUCAAUGGGACCAGUGGGACCGAGGUGCACGUCACUGAAGAGGACAGCAAUCAAAGCAUAUGUGUCCGAUACAUCUUCCAUAACAAAAUACAAAACAUGAUGAUUAACUGGAAGCCGUGGACAUUUUCCUUGGACAGAGUUGUGGUGGACCCCGAAAACAAGUAUUCUGUUUCGAUCUACAAUUUACCAAAACCAGACCUGGGGAAUUACAGACUUGACAAAAUCUUUACAAUCCCAGGAUGCAAGGAUCCAAGCAUAAAAGCAGCCAAGGUGUGUUUGGAAAACGGCAGUCUUUGGGAUCCCCAGUUGUCCUGGACUGUGUCAGUGGAUGGAGGAGAGAGACUGAUCAUCACAGUGGGUUUUAAUACAGCUGAGUUCUCUGACGAAUACCAGAUAUCCAUCCAGAACACUCAACACUCACAGCAUGUCACGAGGGAGAAUAGAACAUCAUUGAAUGUGACUUUUGAACUGGAUGUAUGGCAGCUGCCUCCAUGUGAAAUGCUAAUUGUGAUUCAGCCAUUUUUUAUACGGUGCAAGAGCAACUGUUUACGUCACCAGACAAAGUGUAACUACUGCUCCUACUAUCAAAGGCCUCCCACUUACAGCCGAUCUUUGAUAAUAAAAGCAUUACUGGGACUAAUCAUGGCUGGUGGUUUCCUGGCUUAUAUGCUGCAAAAAACAUCCCAUACAGAUCCAGGAAGCCAGCUCCUGACCACGCCCAGAGGUGAACUGGAGGGAGUCCAAAUACAAGAGAGAAAAAGAAAAGUCCUCAUCAUCUACUCUCUGGACCAUCCUCUGUAUAUAGAGAUCGUCCUGAAGCUCUGUGCUUUCCUCAUGGCUAAGUGUGGCAUAGAGGUGGUGCUGGACCUGCUGGACUCUGCCCGGCUGGGCAUUGUGGGUAGUGUCCAGUGGCUGGACUGGCAGAGGGAACAGAUUGUUAAAUCCUCAGACAAGAUCCUAAUCCUGUGUUCACGAGGGGUAAGGGCCAAAUGGAGAGCAAUGUGUGAUGGUGCCGAAACCCGGGUGAUCCUGAGAGAGGAUGUACGUUCCCCCAUGGGGGACAUGCUCACCCCUGCGCUCAGCCUCCUGGUGCCCAGCUUUGUGAGAUCUGGAACGUUCCAGAACUACAUGGUGGCUUACUUUGAGGACGUUUGUUCCGAGGAGGAUGUUCCAUCUCCGUUUAACAUCAUAGUGAGGUACAAACUCAUGAAGCAUUUUGAGGAGCUCUUCUUCAGGCUCCUGGAUAAAGAGAAACAUGAGCCAGGGCGAGUGAAUCGCAUUGAAGGCAUCACCGAGGACGAGUAUUUUCAAUGUCCCUCAGGGAAAGCAUUGCGGGAAGCAGUGGAGGCUUUCCAUGCCUAUCAGCUGGAGCAUCCAAACUGGUUUGAGGAUGAACUAGUAAAGGACACAGAUGAGGACGUGGAAGUGGAGGAACCUUCCCUGGAGCAUCAUGCUAUAGAACAACCAACUGAGAGCCCCCUCACCAUCAGACAGAGUGUGCCGGAGUGCAUAGAAGAUGGACCUUCCUCUCCCAUCAAUGAUGUGACACCGGCAGAGAGGGAUCACGCGGUGUACUCUGCAACCCUUCACAUUACAGAGGGAGUCAAAGGUCCCACUUCGAAUGAAUCCAAACCAUUUCCUCUCUCGGCGCACACACAUAUAUAUGUUUCCCAUCCAGCUGAGCAAGAUGGGUCCUGUAACUCUGUCUUGGUAGGUUGGUAUCCCUCUGUCAGCACACUUAAAGAAGGAACAGCAGUGUAAUUUCACUGAUGCCACUAGGGAGUGAUCCAUCCCCAAGCCCACGCAGUGCACCACAUCAUCAUCUUGAAGACAUCUUGGGUUCAACUAAUGUCUGUAUGGGGUCAACAGGGACAUACCAAAGAGAGGUCUAUGAGAGGGUGUCAGUGUCACAUACUGCAACUCAUCUAACGUUACAGGCCCCACCACAAGCAUAUGUGGACCCUGUUGCACGGUGUCUUCCUAUGACCUUUUGAGAGUGAAGACCGCGCACGUGUAACAGUCGAGGGGGAAGCUCAUAAUGCUCUCAGUUGUGGAGUGAGGGGAACAUGGAAUGUGUCCAGGACAGAACGAAGUAACUACUCUCAAACCCACCUGCAACUCAAUACAGUUUAAAGGCAUUUAACAUUUUGGUCAUUUAUCCAAUGCUCUUAACCAGAGCAACUCAUAGUCAGUGCAUUCAACUAAGGUAGGUAAGACAACCACAUAUCACAGUCAUUGCAUGUUCUAAAACUUAAAUGAUGCAGCUAUCACCAAAAUAAGUGCUAGUUAAAAAAGACAAGUGUUUGUACAAGAAAAACAAGUACAACAAUAAGGUGUUCAUAGAGACUCACUGUGUUUAGUUUACUCUACCGUUAUCCUGCUGUGUUCAGUAAGUAAGCAUUUCAUUGUACUGUGUACACUACACUGUAUCUUAUGCAUAUGACAAAUAGAUUUGAUCAGGUAACUCUGUAGAAGGGACAGUUUUAUAUUUACUGGGGUGGGGGAGUGGUCCCAAAAUAGGGGAGGGUUGUCAAACUUUAUUUUUGCUUUGGGGAUGGUUGUGUAGUUUUUUAUUUGGCACAGAGGAGGGUAGUGUGUUUUUUCGCUGGUUUACAUUACUCACCUUUAUUGUGCAAUCCCGGUCACUUUCAACAUAUUUGUACUGUGUACAUAUAUAUGUAUGUAUUAUUAUUUUUUUACUGACUAAUGAAAUCAAUCAAUCUAAACUGUGCAGCUGCCAUUUGAUAAGUUGAAAGAGACAACUGCUUAAAAACACCCCAAAAGUUUAAUAAUAUUCUGAGAUUGUCAAUCCAAGUCCUUGAUACUGGGUAGAUCUACAAGGUUGGGAGGGAUGUAUUUUCUGCAGUGGUGGAAAAAGUACUCAAUUGUCAUACUUGAGUAAAAGUAAAGAUACCUUUACAGAAAAUGACUCAAGUAAAAGUGAGUCACCCAGUAAAAUCCUACUUGAGUAAAAGUCCAAGUAAUUGGUUUUAAAUAUGCUUAAGUAUCAAAAGCAAAUGGAAUUGCUCAAAUGUGCUUGAGUAUCAAAAGUAAAAAUCAUUAAAAAUUCCUUAUAUUAAACAAACCAGAUGGCAAAUCAAUCAAUCAAAUGUAUUUAUAAAGCCCUUCUUACAUCAGCUGAUGUCACAAAGUGCUGUACAGAAACGCAGCCUAAAACCCCAAACAGCAAGCAAUGCAGAUGUAGAAGCACGGUGGCUAGGAAAAACUCCCUAGAAAGGCCGGAACCUAGGAAGAAACCUAGAGAGGAACCAGGCUACGAGGGGUGGCUGUGCCGGCACCAUGUCUUAUAUUAUUUUUAUUGCCGAAUUGCCAGGGGCCCUCUCCAACACUCAGCUAUAAUUUACAGACAAACCAUUUGUGUUUAGUGAGUCUGCCAAAUCAGAUGCAGUAGGGAUGACCAGGGAUGUUCUCUUGAUGUGUGAAUUUGCCUGUAAAAAUGUAACCAGUACUUUUGGGUGAAAAAAAAGAGUAAAAGUACAUUAUUUUAUUUCAGAAUGUAGUGAAGUUAAAAGUUAAAGUUGCCAAAAAUAUAAAUAGUAAAGUACAGAUACUACUUAAGUAGUACUUUAAGGUAUUUUUACUUAAGUACUUUACACCACUGAUUGUCUGUUUGUCAAGAUUGACAUAGUCUUUUUAUUGUGGUGUUGAAAACACAACCCAUGAUUUUGAAGUGCCCAAGUCAGUAUGUUUUGUUUAUUGGUUGUGUGGUAUAUUGGCACUGUCACUCCCUGAUCAUACAGAGCCCUUAGUUCUCUAUGGUGUAGGUCAGGGCGUGACUAGGGGGUGAUCUAGUAUAGAUAUUUUUAUGUGGGUGCUAAUAUGGUUCUCAAUUAGAGGCAGCUGUUUAUCGUUGCCUCUGAUUGGGGAUCAUAUUUAGGUAGGUUGUUUCCCCACCUGCAUUUGUGUAAUAUUAUUUUGUGGUUUGUGCAUGUGCACCACGUAGUCACGUUUCGUUGUUAGUUUAUUGAUUUAUUUUGUUUUGCGCUUGUUAAGUUUCACUUUAUAAUAAAUAUGUUGAAAUCAA